UCUUUCUCUCACCGAGUCACGGUCCUUCUCACAUUGACAUCGAGUUUGACCUGUGACCAGCCACCGGCAACUCUUUUAUAUCAACUCCAAUGGCGACCCCACCCCUACACUCUCAUGAGGAUCUUCUAAAGCCCUCUUUUUUUUCUGAGCACAAAGCUUAAAUAACCUUUCCUCUCCAUUCAUCAGUUCCUUCUUUUCCUUCCCUCAAACCCUAAUUCACGCAAAAAGCCAACGAGAUCUACUCCUUAGUGAGUACCUCCUCGUAAUUCACGCCCCACACUGCCCUCAAUCCUUUCCCAAUUAUGCAUCAUAGUUAAGAUCUACAUGCAUAGUUUCCUUUUUCCAUUUUCCAGAAGACUGCUUUCACUAUUGGAUUUCGUGGAAACUUGAUCACCAAACACGUAAUUAGCAAUGGACUCUGGUAACAGUGGAAGCAUCUCUUCUAGCGAUGAUGAAUAUGAUUCAUCCCACGCCGAUCCAUCGUUCCUCAAUCAUUUCGGUUCCAUCUCUCACCCGCAACAACCAUCUCUUGUUCCUUCUCAUCCCUCAAUGUUUGAUCUUUCCUCAAGCUACUUCCACGCUGUCGUCUCACAAUCCCACCAAAACCCACAUAAUCACUUGUUUAACUUAGACUGUCAAGACCAAAGAUCUGAACCCAAUCGCACCCUCCCAGAAAGCCUACCAUCUUCGACAUCAGCAACACCAACAACAACAAAUCAAUGCCUGUUGGGUCACGACAACAUUAAUGAUAAUUCAAUACAACAACUCCCAUCAUCUCCACAAACCAACAACCUCGUACGCAACUCAAAGAAACGAAGCAGAUCUUCAAGGCGUGCACCCACCACCGACACCAACAACUUCAGAUCCAUGGUUCAAGAGUUCACCGGAAUCCCUGCACCUCCCUUUUCAUCUUCCUUCUCUCGACGCAUCCCUCUUUGCCCAAACCCUUUGCUUUCAACAACUUCAUCGAGGACCAGCUUGUUACACAACAAAAACAAUAUCAAUGUUUCUCCUAAUAAUAACUACCAACUACUUCCUGAUCUAUCUUUACCCUAUCAACCCCCACCACAGAAUCUCAUACAAGAUAUUCACUCCAUUCCCUUAUUCCACCCUUCUCCUUCUCUUCACUCUCUUGUCCCUUCAGGGCUUGCUGCAAAGUCUUUAUCCACCAUGCCCACACUUGAUGCGCAUGAUCUGCUGGGUGCUCAUGAGCAUGUUGUUUCUGAGGGCAUGUUUCUGAGGAGUGACGGUGAUGCAGGAGGGAUAAGAGACCCGUUUUGGUGCUUAGAUCAUGGGAAUAAUAGUAAUUAUGGUGGCUGCAAGCUCAACAUGUCGGUUUCUGCGUCGAGCAGCUUGAACCGUGAGAAGAACUUGGAGAAUGUUGGUAAUGCAAAUGGAAAUUCCCCUAGGGAAGGUACCGUGGAAGCGUGGAUUUGAUCUUCUGAUCAAUAUGAUCUCGCGUGGGGUGUGAGGUAAACAGUAUACUAAACUUGUGAAUCAUAGCAGCGUGGAAUUUCAGAUGCUGCAAUGAAUUAAGAGCGUAAUCAUGAUGAUGCUGAUCAUAGUGGUCUAGCGUUGGUGGUUAGCAUUUGCAGCUAUCAUUUCUUUUUUGUUUUAAAUAUUUUAUACGAGUAUUGUUCAGAAUAGUAGAUAGCUAGAGUGAGAUUAAUUUAAUUAUAUAGUAUAUACUCCUUUUAUUUGUAGUUGAUGAUCUUAUUGUCUUUUUCUUUAGGAUUAGGAUCUAAAAUGAAUAUUGUUACAGGAAAUUUAAUUAGUUUCGCCA